AUGGGUAUAAUAAACGGAGAAUAUACUAAAGAUUCACCAGAUAUUGAGUCUCUCCUAGAGCUAAAUCCUCGAGUUCAAUUAAAUGCAACUUUAAAGCCAAGUUGUGAAACUAAAUUGGAAAAGCAUAGAUGGAAAAGAAAUGCUAAUAAAUCUUGUAAUGGUUGUGCAGAAAACCUCUAUGAAAAUGACUUUCGAGAUAUCAAACACACGACAUUAUCGGAGAGGGGAGCUUUGAGAGAAGCUAUGAGAUGUCUGAAAUGUGCAGAUGCCCCUUGUCAAAAGAGCUGUCCCACACAGUUGGAUAUCAAAGCUUUUAUUUCCAGUAUUGCUAAUAAGAAUUAUUAUGGUGCUGCAAAACUAAUAUUUUCUGAUAAUCCUCUUGGCUUAACUUGUGGAAUGGUAUGUCCAACCUCAGACCUCUGUGUCGGCUCUUGUAAUUUAUACGCGACAGAGGAAGGGCCCAUCAAUAUUGGGGGUCUGCAACAAUUUGCAACGGAAAUUUUUAUGAGAAUGAAUAUACGCCAAAUUGUUAGCCCUGAAAUAAUUAAAAAUCGAAACGAGGCACAUAAGCAGCAAAUUGCUUUCCUUGGCAGUGGUCCGGCAAGUAUAUCCUGUGCUAGCUUUUUAGCCAGACUUGGCUAUACAAAUUUAACAAUUUAUGAAAAGGAGGAAUAUUUAGGGGGGCUAAGUUCUUCCGAAAUUCCUCAAUAUCGGUUGCCUUAUAACGUGGUUGACUUUGAAAUUCAAUUAGCCAAGGAUCUCGGGAUUAAAGUUUGGCAAUUUGUUUUUAUAGACCCUUCUUUAUUAUUAAAGAUAGUGACAGGUCGUCAACUUCACAGGAAUGACUUGACCUUGGAAAAAUUGAAAGCCUCUGGUUGUAAAGCUGUCUUCAUUGGGAUUGGAUUGCCUGAACCUAAAAGAGCCCCCAUCUUUCAGGGGUUGGAAUCCAAAAAUGGAUUUUAUACCUCCAAAGAAUUCCUACCUCUAGUGUCUAUUGCUAGCAAAAAAAGCUAG